CCAGCGUCAUAUCACUAUCACACGCCAACGCCAAACUGACGGGUGCCCGCGUGUAACCGUGUUAGGUUGGGAAAGUCUGUCAGUUCGUGACUCGUCGGCGACCGUAAAUUGAAUUAGGAAAGGUGUCUGAGGUGAGGCGAGAGGUCGAGAAUGGCCCUGUUCCGCGCGUUGUCUUGCAGAGCGACUGAAAUUCGGCAGCUGUCGCCGGUGGCCACGAUCUUCGCCAGACAGCUGAGCGAGGUGACCAACCUGAAAGAUGUUUUGUCCAAGAAGGUGCCGGCUGAGCAGGAGAAGGUCAAGGCCUUCCGCAAGGAGUUUGGUGCGACCAAAGUUGGCGACGUCACCGUUGACAUGAUGUACGGUGGCAUGCGCGGCAUCAAAGGUCUGGUGACGGAGACGUCAGUGUUGGACCCUGAUGAGGGCAUCCGCUUCCGGGGCUACUCGAUCCCUGAGUGCCAGAAGAUGCUACCCAAGGCGCCAGGCGGCAACGAGCCGCUGCCCGAAGGCCUCUUCUGGCUGCUGGUGACCGGCGACGUGCCGACGGACGCUCAGGUCGCGUGGCUGUCCAAGGAGUGGGCCAACAGGGCCGGUCUGCCGUCACACGUGGUCACAAUGCUCAACAACUUCCCGACCAACUUGCACCCGAUGUCGCAGUUCAGCGCCGCCAUCACCGCGCUCAACGCCGAGAGCAAGUUUGCCAAGGCCUACUCUGAGGGCGUCCACAAAUCCAAGUACUGGAACUACGUCUAUGAGGACUCGAUGGACCUGAUCGCCAAGCUGCCUGUUAUCGCCGCCGCCAUUUACAGGAACAUGUACCGUGAUGGACAGGGUUUGGGCGCAAUCGACACAAGUAAGGACUGGAGUCACAACUUCAGCACGAUGCUGGGAUACGACAACCCCGAGUUCAUCGAACUGAUGCGCCUCUACCUGACCAUCCACAGCGACCACGAAGGUGGCAACGUGAGCGCGCACACGGUGCACCUGGUCGGCUCGGCCCUCUCUGAUCCCUACCUCUCAUUUGCGGCCGGAAUCAACGGCCUGGCAGGGCCGCUUCACGGUCUCGCCAACCAGGAGGUGCUUGUCUUCCUCACCAAGGCGCAGAAGGAGCUCGGCGGCGACUUCUCCGACGAAAAGCUCAAAGACUUCAUCUGGAACACGCUCAAGUCUGGACAGGUUGUGCCUGGCUACGGUCAUGCGGUGCUGCGUAAAACAGACCCGCGGUACUCGUGCCAGCGCGAGUUCUGCCAGAAGCACCUACCCGACGACAAGCUGUUCAAGCUGGUGUCGCAGCUGUACAAACUGGUGCCGCCCAUCCUGAUGGAGACUGGCAAGGUAAAGAACCCUUGGCCCAACGUGGACGCACACUCGGGCGUCAUCCUGCAGUACUACGGCCUCAAGGAGAUGAACUACUACACGGUACUGUUUGGCGUGUCGCGUGCGCUCGGCACGCUUGCCUCGCUCAUCUGGGACCGCGCCCUCGGCCUGCCCAUCGAGCGACCCAAGUCCAUGUCCACUGAAGGCCUCAUGAAGCUGGUCGGCGCUGCCAAGUAAGACGCGCCGCCCUGAGAAAGUUUCCGAUUUACUUAGGUGUGAGAGAUCGAGUUGUCCAUAAAAACUGACGUUGAAAUCAAAUCGGAAGACAGCCAGGUGUGAAGGCUACCAGAAGCGUACUUAUCAAUCGGAAUUCCUAUUAUUGUUCAUUUUAUUUAAAUUAUUGAAUCUCCUGCCAUUCGAGGUCUGAAUGUUUAGAUUGCACUUUAGCAGUCAAAUCGAAAAUCAAACAAAUGCGCCGUAUAGUUCAUUUUAAUUUACCAAGUUAAGUUUGUAACUUUCUCAGAAGCCAGCCCUCCUGAAACAUGGUAUUAUUUAGUGCAAAGCCAACGCAAGAUUUGCAUCUAGUUACUGGAUGGUCCUACCAAAUAUCAUUUAAGGAUAAUGUACUACUUUUUUGCACAUCCUAGAUGCGCGCCGACCAAUACUAUGUUGAAUAAUGUUAACUAUUUUGCAGCCGCAGCUUGAUUCUCAGUAUCGGAAAUAAUUAUUAGUGUCUCGUCAUAUUGUACGUUGAACGAAAUAAAAAUUCUCAAAAGCUAACAUUUACAGUAAA